AUGUCGUCGCCUUCUAUUGCAGACGCGUUCUGGGCAGCACCCCCAAUCGCUAGAACUCUUACUGCUGCCACCCUUGUCCUGUCGCUCAACUUUUGGAUCUUGCCUAUCAUCAACCCUGGCUACUUCGUCUUUGUACCCCAGCUGGUACUGAAGUUAUGGAUCCCUCAAGUUUGGCGACUCGUGACGGGCUUCUUCAUCAGUGGCCCUUCACUGGGCCUGAUCAUGGAUCCAUACUUCUUGUUCACAUACUGCAAGGCUUUGGAGGUUGACUCAAGCCGCUUCUCCCAGCCAGGCGAUCUGUUUGUCGCCCUGGUCUUCAUCUGUAGUGUCAUCAUGCUCCUCACAGGCUUCGUCUUUGGCGGAGGCUUGCUCUUGGGUCCGCUUCUUCUUGCCCUCGCCUAUCUGCAUGUGCAAGAUGCCCCCGAUGGCAUGAUGACUUUCUUCUUCUUCAGCAUUCGUCGCAAGUAUCUGCCUGGUUGUAUGUUGUUGGUUGCCUUUCUCAUGGCAGGUCCUCAAGAAGCCCUCAAGCAAGCCUUUGGUCUUGUCGCUGCCCACCUGUACGACUUCUUGACUAGAAUUUGGCCAUCGUACGGUGGCGGCUACAACCCUAUCCGUACACCGCAAGUCGUGCAGCGUUGGUUUGCCAGGCCCAGUGGCGCAAGUACAACUCGCUCGUAUGGUACUGCCUUCCAGAGCCGCCCCGCUGGUUCUGUCGGCGCUCAGCCUCAGCCAGGCAGCUCCCGUGGUGGUGGUUGGACCAGUGGAUUCACCUCGGGUGCAUGGGGCUCUCGCGGACCUGGCAGAAGACUGGGUGGUGAUUAA